CAUAAACCGGCUGGUCCAGCCCAACAUCGGACCUCCUGAAAAAUUGCCCGUGGUAGUGACUAUUUAAAGGAAUAAUAAUAUCUAACCACAUAUCAACGCGUUUUUGUAUUAAUAUUAAUCCUGCUCCAUUCCAAUUCCUCAUUCAAACACGUCACUCGUUACACAUCCAAUCAGUCUUUCCUUAACCACCAUCGAUUGAUACUUUACGUACCACAUACCACUCGUUAAUAUCAUCAAAAUGCAUACCAACUUUAAAACCGUCGCUGUCGCCGUCGCCACCCUCACCCUCACCACCACCGUCCUCGCCCGCACCGACCUCGUCGGCUGCACCAGCUCCAUCGCCGGCCCCAGUCUGGUCUGGUAUGUCCCUGGAACCGGCGAAUUGUGCGACUUUCUUGACUGCGGCGGCGGACGUGCGCCACCGAAAUACAGCGUCCCUGGUUGUCCCUUGUAUACUGGGACAGCGACUUACUCGCCUUCGUAUCUGCCUGGCUAUGGGCCUAAUGCUGUGCCAGUGACGGCUGCGGCAGCGUCGUCUGAGUCGUCGAUAUUUCUAUCUGGUACGACGGUGGCGGGGCAGAGUACCGCUGUUGCUUCUAUUUCUAUUUCUACUUCUGCAUCAGUCACGGCGGCAGCAACGACGGCAACUUCUGCGACGGGCAUGGAGACGAUUACAGGAUUGCCUACGGUGACCACACCCGCGCCGGCGUUGAGUUCGUCUGUCGGUCCUGCAAGCUCCCAGUCAGCAGUUUCGGCUUCUUCGGCAGUUACUCCGCAAAGUAGUCAUCCUGUUUCGACUGGUGCUGCUGUCGCUGUUAAGGUGUUGAAUAGAGCGGUUGGUGUUGGUGCCGUUGUGGCUGGCCUCGGUGCGGCGGUGUUGUAAUGAUGUAUAAAAACUGUUGGGAUAUGAGUCAGAUAUCGUAUUUACUUCUAUAAUUAAAGCCACUUUACAUAUGUAUGGUAGAGAGAUUGUAUCAGCAUAGAAAUGAGAUCAAUAAAAUCGGUGAUACCGAUUUGAAUAU